UUAGUUUUUCAUACCUCACGGUCAACCAUCUAUCACUUUGCUGAGAGCCAUCUGAUUGGUGAUGACGAACCGGAAGUGGCCUGACGCCUUCGCUCUCUGCUGUCAAAGCGCGCGAGGAGCCUCGGGAGGAUUGUAUGAUGUCGAAGAGGAAGAGCAGUAAUUCGGGGCUCACGCCUGAUAAGAGAAGCCGGUUAUCUCAACCUGAGCCCUCUGAAGAGGAUAAAACAGACUACUUCAGUUCAGGAGAUGGCAUGAACACAUCACAGAGUGUUACAGGUGAAGUGGGCAUCAUAGAGAGCAUCUCUUUAAAGAACUUCAUGUGUCACUCAUUGCUUGGUCCCUUUAAGUUUGGUCCAAACGUCAACUUUGUCGUGGGGAACAAUGGAAGUGGAAAAAGUGCAGUGCUGACAGCUCUGAUUGUAGCCUUGGGCGGUAAAGCUAACACCACUAACAGAGGCUCCUCACUCAAAGUAUUUGUUAAGGAAGGAGAGAGUUCUGCAGAUGUGUCCAUCACUCUGAGGAACAGGGGUCAUGAUGCUUAUAAGCCAGAAGUGUUUGGUCAGUCCAUCAACAUAGAUCUUCGUAUCUCCAGCGAAGGAACGCGGACAUAUAAACUAAAAAGUAAAACAGGUCACUUAGUGUCAUCGAAAAAGGAGGAACUGAUCUCCAUUUUGGAUCACUUUAACAUCCAGGUGGACAAUCCGGUCUCUAUCCUAACCCAAGAAAUGAGUAAACACUUCCUCCACUCCAAAAAAGAGGGGGACAAAUAUAAAUUUUUCAUGAAGGCCACUCAGCUUGAUCAGAUGAAAGAAGAUUACAGCUACAUCAUGAAGACCAAGAGCAUGACCCAGAAUACAGUGGAGAAGCACAGGGAGACUCUACAAGAGCUAAAGAGAAAGUACCAGGAGAAAGAAGAGCGCUAUAAAAAUCUGGCUUCACUCGAUGAAAUGCAGCACAAGUUGGAUGAGCUGAAGAAUCAGAUGGCCUGGGCUCUGGUGGCAGAGGUGGAGCAGGAGAUGAAGCCCAUGAGAGAACGAAUCGCAGCUGAAGAGAAAUCCACCAUCAAAUAUGACCAGAAGGUGGAAGAGUGGGAGGGGAAGGUUCAGGAGGCCAACAGGAUAUUCAGACAGCUGCAGGAUCAGCUGGAGGGUGUGACGGAUCGGAUGCAGCAGCUGCAGCCACAGUGUGCUGAACUGAAGAGCCGAGUACAGGCGCGCAACCGAGACCUCAAAGCCGCUGAGACUGGUUUCCAUCGUAAAAAGACUAACUUGAGAGACCUUGAAAGGGAUAAAGAUCAGCUUAACAAGCGGAUCCAAGAACUCAAACACAGCAUAAGUCAGACGAACUCAGCAGACACUCGUGCUCGUGAGGAGAAGAUGAAUCACAUUCAGGCUGAGCUGGAAGAUCUAAGUUUCCAGGACUCCACUCUGGCUCAGCAGAUCGAUCAGUUUACACAGGCCUGCGCCACUGCUAAAGAAAAACUGGGUAGAAUGAGUCGUGAAAAGCAGGACCUGCAGCGUGCGAUGGAAUCUAAGCGACGUAACCUGGCUGCAAUGGAAAACAGUCGAAAUGAUCAGCUGUGUCGUUUUGGUGAGCAUAUGCCGCCACUGCUAAGAGCUAUAGAUGAGGCUGACCGGCGGGGUCAGUUCAAGAAGAAACCUGUUGGACCGCUUGGGUUCUGUAUCCGAUUGCGGGAUCCAGAGCUGGGUCUUGCAGUGGAGUGUUGUCUGAAGUCUCUGAUGUUAGCUUUCUGUUGCGAUAACCACGCUGACGAGAGAGAGUUACAGAGAAUCAUGAGUCGCUACUUCCAGCAGGGCAGAAGACCUCAGAUCAUCGUCAGCAGAUUUACCAACACAGUCUACGAUGUCAGGAGCAGGGCUGUCUAUCACCCUGAAUAUCCAACUGUGCUCCAGUCACUUGACAUUGAGAAUCCAGUUGUGGCCAACUGCCUGAUCGACAUGAGGGGAAUUGAAACCAUUCUGCUCAUCAAGAACGCUAAAGAUGCGAGAAGGGCCAUGCAGAGUGUAAACCGACCACGCAACUGCAUGGAGGCCUUUACACGUGAGGGGGACCAGGUCUACUAUAACCGUUACUACUCCUCUGAACAGGACAGAGUACGCUACCUCAGCAAAGACAUCGAAGAGGAAAUCAGACAUUUGCAAUCUGCUUUACAUGCCCAGCAAACACAUUUGGAUCGCUUUCAGCAGGACAUGCAGCAAGUCUCUGAGGAAGAGAGGCGGAACAAAACUCUUCUUUGCAGAGCCCAUGAAGAACGCAAGAUGGCGCAGGAAUGCUGUCGGAAGCUUCAAGCAGAGCUGAUAGAAUUACAGAAUGUUGAGGAACCUCAGUCAGAAGACCUGAAACCUUUGGAAGAGGAACUACAGGAGCUCUGCAGCCGAAUAAAUGUGUGUCGAGAGGAAUUUGAAGCCGCACGAGAUAAGGUGCUGACACACAAGAAGGAAUAUGAGGAGGCCGACCAGCUCUGCCGGCAGCAGAGGGAAGCUUUUAACAGCAUCGCAGAGGAAGCUGAGCCCAUUAAGGAGCGAUUUAGCAACAGUGAUAAGGAGUUGGCAAGAAGUGAACUCCAUAAAAAACACUAUGAAGAAAAUCGGAAAGCACAUGUGGACAUGAUUGAGACACUAAAGACGAACCUGAAUGUAAAGGACCAGGAGUUACAGGCAUCUAUAGCAAAAGCCUCAGAAAUCUGCCCUGAGCGUUUGGAUGUGAGGAGGACAGCGAAGAGUUUGGACAGUGAGAUCAGCCGCCUUAGACACAAGAUCAACACACAGCAGGACCAACACGGACACAGAGACAUUAUCGUCAGGCAGUACCAUGAGGCGAAGGAAAACUUCAGUAACAUAGCACGACAGGUCAAGGGUCUGGAGGCUUUCAUCCGCCAGUUGACUGAUAUCAUGAACACCAGACACAACGUCUACACUAAAAUGAGAAUGUAUCUUUCUGUACGCUGUAAGUACUACUUUAACCUCAUGCUGUCUCAAAGAGGAUACAUAGGGAAGAUGACCUUUGACCACAAGAAUGAUACUCUCUCCAUAUCAGUUCUGCCAGGAGAGGGUGGUAAGGCUAAUCUGAGUGACAUGCGUUCACUAUCUGGAGGAGAGCGUUCAUUUUCUACCGUGUGUUUUGUCCUGUCCUUGUGGGGCAUAGCUGAAGGGCCAUUCUGUGCUUUGGACGAAUUUGAUGUCUAUAUGGACAUGGUUAACCGGAGGAUCUCGAUGGAUAUGAUGCUGAAGAUAGCUGCUAGUCAGCGCUACAGACAGUUUAUUUUCCUCACGCCGCAGAGCAUGAGUUCUCUGCCUGUCAACAGCCUUAUCCGUAUCCUUCGCCUGAAAGACCCUGACCGUAGCCAGUCUGCUCUUCCUUUCGGUCAGAGGAACCCAGAAUGAUGCUGUUGUCCACUGAACAUCAUCUUACCUGUAUGAGGUUAAAGUCAAAGCAGGCAGUGUACUUACAGCUGACAGCUGCACUUUAUAGCUCCCUGUUGCACAUAUGUUUACAGGCCAUUUAAAUGUACAUUAAUUUAGUUACUUAAAACCAAAAUUUGCAGGUCUAGUUUUGUUCUGCACUUUAAAUUUUUCUAAAAUAAUAGUUUUAAGGUUUAUAAAUAUGAACGUGAAUACAUUUUUCAUUGUUUUAUUUUUAUCACUGAACUAAUUAAAAAAAUUGUUUUUAUUA